AGUUCGAAUCCGCCAGGUGCUCCUUGGAAACUCUAUGGGGCAGUUCUACUCUGUCCUAUAGUGUCGCUAUGAGUUGGAAUCGACUCGACGGCACUGGGUUUAGUUUUCUGGGGUUUUGGCAUUGAGCAUUAAUGGCUGCUCACCUCACAAGGACAGAAACCCCCAGACUGUACCUGCCUCCUGACAGGUGAACACAGCACCACCUGCUAAGCAGUCAUGCCAACCUUAUCAAACCUCAAUCUGAUCAAACCUCCAGCUUCCAGUUUACAGGAAAUAGGACAGAGGAGCAUGUUAAACAAGACUGUGAAGAUGCAAUCAGCAAAAUCCAGACUAUGGGAAACAGGAUGAACGACCAGUGUCUUCAGUAAAUAGGUUACAAGGAAAAGUGAAAAAUUUGAGAUGGAGAAAGAAUUUAUAGAUUUAAGAAAGGCUCAAAAUAUCAACUAAUCACAGUGGGUGGACUUUAUUUGGAUUCUAAUUCAAACUAACUGUAAAGGAAAAAAAAUUAUCACCUUUAAAUAAGCUGUAACUGGGUACCUGAUGAUAUGAAGGAAUUAGGACUAACUUCUUUAGGUGUGAUAAUGGUCAAAGUCCUUAUCUUUUACAGAUACACACCCAAAUAUUUACAGAUAGAAUGAUAUGAUGUCUGGUAUUUGCUUCAAGGGGCAAGUGGGAGGGAGUUUAGGUGAAAAAGAUUGGCCGCUAGGUGAAAAUUGUUGAAGCUGGAUGAUAGGUGCAUAGUUCAUUAUACUUUUCUGGUUUGUUUUUCUUUGGUCUAUGUUUGAAAAGUGUCAAAAUAAACAACUUAAUAAAAUGAAAAAAACACCUGGAUUCAGAAGGGAGGAUGCAGAAACCAACUGGAGGAGUUGAGGGUGGAGUUGUGGGGGGAAUCAGGCUGGCUGGGCUCAAAUCACAGCUCUGGAAUUUGGAAAAGUCACCUAGUCUCUAUGUGCUCUUGUAUUCUCAUUAUUCAAUGGGUUUGUCAGGAGGGUUAGAUGAAUUUAUACGUGUAAGACACGUAAAGUAGACCAGAAAACUGCACACCAGUUACGGAGUUAGCAGAGAAUUGAGACCAGUCUUAGGUAAGAGCUAGUAAUUCUGGGAAGGCCUUUUGCCCAGAGCAUGCAUUCACCCAGUAAACCUUUACUGAGUGUCUACUGUGUGUCGAGCACCGGCUGGGUUAUGCUUUGGGGGACCCAUAGUUGAGCAUGAAAUAAUUUCUGUCCUGGAACCGCUGAUCAGAUCAGAGUUGGAGGGGCUGGGGACAAGGAAGGAGCAAAGAAUUAAGCAGCAUAUUCACAUACAUUGCAUGCAAGAGAGCACUUGGGUGGGAGUCAGACAGGCCAGGUGGCUUCUGUCAACUGUGUUUCUGGGCAACUCACUUUGCCUCUGAACCUUGGCAACCUUGUCGGCAAAAUUAGCAUGAUAACCUCAACAUGGUCUAACUCACAGAGAAGGCGUCUGGAGAACCACUCCAUUUGCUCUAAUGUGUAACACAUGACUGAAGUUACUUAGUAAAUGUAUAAAUAUAAUGAUUUCAAACGUAUGUUUAUACUGGUACUUGGAGAAAAUGCUAUACAUUCCCCCUUAGCCAAAAGCAGCCCUCUCCCAAGGCCCCGAGGACAGUGCCUCCCGGCAAACGUGCAACAGAAGGAGACAACACAAGUCUGGCAUGGCUGGAGGGGGCCAGCAUGGGGGGCAGCACAGAAAGAGGAAGUGGAAGAGGUGAGAUGAGCAACAUUUCCUUCCUGUCGUGCCAUCAGUGGGCCAUGAUGGGAAGAAGCUGCAUUUGAGAUUCUGGCAGAACAUCUAAUCAAAGUGAGUAAGUGUGGGCACUAACAGAGCUGGUAAAUUGAAGGGAAAUUCAGGCUUUUAAAACCCCAUAGAUGGGCCAGACUGACCCCCUCAUGGGUUCAUACCAGAGUGGAGCGAACUUUGCCCAAGGAAGACGCAGAAACGGAGAGAGAGACGGAGCCUGAGACAGAGGAUGAGGCCAGGCCAGGCCAGGCCAGGCCAGGGAUCUUUCAGCAAAAAAGCCAGUUUGUGGGCAAAUCAAUUGGCCAGCAUCUUUUGAGCUCUUGCUCGUGAGGAAAUUGUGCCAGGCACUGUGUGUACAGAUGAACAAGGCCUGCAGACCCAGAGCAGGGGAUCAGGGAAGCCUAGAGAAGCCUGGGGAGGCUUCCCGGGUGAAGUGGGCCUGGAGCUGGGUCCUAGAGGACUGGAAGAAUCAGGCUGCAGACAAAAGGCUCACAGAUCGACAGUUGGUGCUCAGAUGAAGAGAGAAGCAGGUGUUUUGGAAACGUUCUGAAAAUGUGAUGCCAUUUUUCAUUGUAACGAGCUCCAGGACUAGGCGGGUCCUCUCUGACAUGGCUGCCAGCACUUCACCUCCGUUGCUCACCACUGAGGACACCAAUUCUGAGAACAGCUCUUACUAUUACUAUGACUACUUUGUAGACAUUCCCUUCAUGCUCUGCAGGAAGGAUGCAGUGAUGUCCUUUGGCAAAAUCUUCCUGCCAGUCUUCUACAGCCUGAUCUUUGUGUUGGGCCUGGGUGGGAACCUCCUUCUUCUUACGGUCUUGCUCCGGUACGUUCCUCGCAGGCAGAUGGCCGAGAUCUACCUGAUGAAUCUUGCCAUCUCCAACCUCCUGUUUGUGGUGACACUGCCCUUCUGGGGCAUCUCUGCAGCCUGGCAUUGGGUCUUUGGAAACUUCUUGUGCAAGAUGGUAAGCACCCUCUACACCAUUAACUUCUACAGUGGCAUCUUCUUUAUUAGUUGCAUGAGCCUGGACAAGUACCUGGAGAUCGUACACGCUCAGCCCCACCACAGGCUAAGGACACGGGCCAAGAGUCUUAUCCUUUCUGCCGUGGUGUGGGGUGUGGCCCUGGCCAUCUCCAUCCCUGACAUGGUCUUUGUGCAGACACAUGAAAACCCCAAGGGUAUGUGGCGCUGCUACCCGGACUUUGGCGGGCAUGGGACUUUCUGGAAGCUCUUCCUCCGCUUCCAGCAGAACCUCCUGGGGUUUCUCCUUCCACUCCUUGCCAUGAUCUUCUUCUACUCACGCAUUGGCUGUGUCCUGGUCAGGUUGAAGCCCCCAGGCCAGAGCCGGGCUCUAAGGAUGGCUGCAGCCCUGGUGGUGGCUUUCUUCGUGCUAUGGUUCCCAUAUAACCUCGCCUUGUUUCUGCACUCACUGCUGGACCUGCAAGUCUUUGGGGACUGCAACAUCAGCCACCGCCUGGACUAUGCCCUGCAGGUGACAGAGAGCAUCGCCUUCCUUCAUUGCUGCUUCACCCCUGUCCUCUACGCCUUCUCCAGUCGCCGCUUCCGCCAGUACCUGAAGACUUUCCUGGCCACUGUUCUUGGAUGGCACCUGGCACCUAGCACUGCCCAGGCCUCACUGUCCACCUGUUCUGGGAGCAGCUGCUUGACUGCUCAAGAAGAAAUGACCAGCAUGAAUGAGCUGGGGAAGAAGCACGCUGACAGCUCCCCCAACAAGGGGGAUGUGGGGAAAAAUACAGCUUGAAUGGCCACACCGUAGUCUGGUGAGAGCUGAUAUUUGGUGGGACCAAUCUCAGUUAGGCUUCCACCUCCACCACUCCAUCCAACUGCUCUCACCAAGGACCUCAGUGACCACACUGCUAAAUCUGAUGGCCUGUUCUGAGUUCUCAGCCUUCAGUAGCAUUUGGUAGAGUGAGUGCUCACUCCUACCUUCUCCCUCUAUUUUCUUCACUUGCUAACAGAACUCUACAUUCUCUUGCUGAAUUGCUGCACUCAUUUCCCAACUGACCUCUGUGCUUCCAAUUUGCUCUUCUGUUGCAUAAUCAUCAUAUAGCAACCAGAGGAAACCUUUAUGCAUGUUAAGUCCGAUCACACCCCUCUCAGCCAUCACUCCCACCUCCUUCAGAGUAGCGGCCCAAGUCGUAAUGGUCACCUCCCAUGGCCUAUGUGAUCUGCCCCAACCCCACUUUCCCUCUCUGAGCUUAUCUCUAUCACUUGGAUCACUCCCUUGGAUCACUCUGUUCCAGGCACACUGGCCUCCCUGCUAUUUCUCAAACACUUCAGGCUUGAUUUCACCUCUUGCUGGAAUGUUCUUCUCCCAGGUGUCUGCUUGGCUCACUCCCUCACCUCCUCAGGUCUUUGCUCAAAUCUCUUCUCAGUUAGGCAUACCUUGUCCACCCUACUUUAUAUAUUUCCCAACAUUCUAUAUGAUUUGCUUGUUUGUUUUGUUUAUUGCUUAUUUUCCCUCAACCCCACUGGCCCACAUGAACUCCCCAGGCCAGGGAUCUUGGAUUGGCUUAGUGAUGUACUGAGUACCUGACACUGGGUCUGGUGUGUAGUUUUCAGUAAGUAUCUAUGAAAUGCAUGAGUAGAGGAGGUGGUCUUUUCCUUGUGGCACUGCUGGGGAAGAAGAGCCCAAGGUCUUCUACCCAGCAGGCUACUCCCUUCCCUGUAGAUAGCUCAGCUGGGGAAAUCUGAUGAAAUAGGCUGCUCAUAAUCUUGGCAGCCUUAAUGGUGGCUCUAAACCAAAACCAAACCCAUUACCAUCACUUCGAUUCCAACUCAUAGGGAUCCUAUAGGACAGGAUGGAACUGUCCUAUAGGGUUUCCAAGGCUGUAAUCUUUACAGAAGCAGACUGCCACAUCUUUCUCCCGUGGAGCAGCUGGUAGGUUCGAACUGCUGACCUUUUGCUUAGUGCCGCCAGGGCUCCUUUGAUGGUGGCACCAGGGCUUGGCAAUCAAGAGGGGCUAGGAGGGCAUGGGGGUGUCCCGCCUAAGGAUUUGUCUAGGAAUGUGUGUAGGCUCCAGGGGCGGCAUGAACCUUGUGUUCCCAGGGGAUCUAUGAUGAUGCCCUCUGUAUCUUCCCCCUGCCUGCCAUGCCCCAUCUCAAGAGCCUUCAGGGCUCCCUGAGGCCUGCAAAAUGAAGUCCAGAAUCUUUUUCUGACUUCAAGUCUAGGGCUUUAGCAAGUAAUACCUUGCUAAAGUAGUGCCUUAUACUCUUGUACCUUAUACUUUCCCACUGCCCUUUUCGCUACCCGGAUACCAGGUACCGCUUGAGUUUCCCAUACAUUCCCACCUCUGUGCUUUUGCUCUGCCUCAUGUAAUAGAGAUCUGUCUUAGUUACCUGUGGCUGCUGUAAUACAAAUACCACAACAGAGUGCCUUUAAAGAGCAGAAAUAUAUUUUCUCACAAUUCUGGAGACUAAAAGUCCAAAUCAGGGUCUCAGCAUGUUGAUUCUUUCCUUGUCUGUAGUCCUGGGCAUUCCUUUGUUCCUUGGCUUGUACUAGAACCUCACAUGGGGUCUGUUUUUCUCUGUGUGUGUGUGUGUGUGUCUAAUCUGCUUAUUUUAUAACUUAGAAGUGAUUCUAUUUGAAACCUACCCUACUCGGGUAUGAUCUAAUUAAUGUAACAAAGAAAACCCUAUUUCCAGAAAUACUGGAUACAUCCACAGCUAUAGGGGUUAGGAUUCCAACACAUAUUUUUUUUAGAGGGAGGCACAAUCAACUCCAUAAUAGAAUCAUUUUCCUGCCAAGCAUUCACUUGCCCUUAUCUUGUAAUUGAAUCCCAUUUAUUCUGGGAAGGCACUCCUUGGUGAUUCCACCCUGUACCUUGGGUGGAGGCAGGGAGAGCGUGGGGCUUAGGCCAGUUACAGCUUUACGUUUCCCUGGCCCCAGUGAUUUGUUCAGGGGUGGGCACAUGGCCCUGGCAGAGCCAGUGAAAUGCAAGGGGGCUUUGGUUGGGGGAAACUGAAGCUGAGAGGAUGUGAGGUCUGGAGCUGCUCCCUAUAUCAACCAGAACUUCAGCAGGUGGAGAGGGGGACACAAGUGAGCCAGCAGACCUGUUGGCAGUGUGUGAGACCAUAAUCAAGGCACAGCUGAAACUCAUCUCAGUUCUGGACUUGACACUUAAAUAAACCAAUAAAUUCCUUUCCAAUUUGAAGAUUGUGUUUUUUUGUAAUUUGCAACCUUAGGAUUUCUGCCUGGGUGCUUUCUUCUUCAUGUCUCCAAAGUUGGACCCCCUCCUCCCCGCCCACUGACACUGAAACCUUUCUCCAGUGAGCUGUUGGCCCACAGUGAUGUCUCUUUCUGGAGCUUCUGAAGUCCUCACUGCUUUCCUCCACCUUACAACCUCCCGUGUCUUGCCUCAUCUGUCCUGCUAGAGUUGCUUCAGUUCUGCCUAUGUGCCAGGUUGGC